AAGGAGAUCUCAUUGGGUCAUCAAAUGUUUCAAAUCCUGCGGCAAAUUCAAGUGCACAGCUUUUGGAUACCGGGAGCCUAGUCUUGCGAGACAAUUCCGGUGAACGGAUCAUAUGGGAAAAGUUUUCAAAAGCCUUCAGACUCAUCUUGCAGAAGAUGAGAAUUGCUUCUCCGUUGGGUCAAGCCUUUGAACAUCCCACAACUUUUGUUUGGAAUGGUGGCCGUCCAUACUGGCGUAGUGGUCCUUGGAAUGGUCAGAAUUUUAUUGGAAUUCCAACGAUGGAUUCUUCAUAUCUCGCUGGAUUUACUCUUGUAGAUGACACAAGAAGGAACCGUUUCUCUAGCUCUUAUACCUAUCAACUGAUUUGUCCUAUUUAUAUUUACCUGCUCUUGAAUUCUGAAGGAGAUCUACAGAAGAAUUGGUGUUUAGUUGGAAAGGAAGAGUGGGAAGUGGCAUGGUCGGCUAUAGAACAUGAGUGUGAUGUUUAUGGCAAGUGUGGACCAUUGGAAUCUGUAAUUCACUGGAGUCACCAAUUUGUACCUUUAAGGGAUUUGGGGCCAAAACAUAUGGAUGAAUGGAGUCAAGGAAAUUGGUCUAGUGGAUGCAUAAGAAAGACAACAUUGCAAUGUGAACGAAACAAAACUGUCAAUGAAGUGGGCAAAGAGGAUGGAUUUUUGAAGCUUCAGGCCAUGAAAGCAUUGGAUGUAUGCAAUGGAGGAAGUCUACUGGACAUUCAGAAACUCCCCAGAGGUGCGGUGGAUCUUUACAUUCGAGUGGCAUAUUCAGAGCUUGAUGAAGGAAAAAACAUCAAAGUAAAACUGGCAGUUAUCAUUAGCAUUGGGUCGGUUGCCAUUGCCAUCUGCACCUACAUUUCUUGGAGGUGGAUAGCCAAGCUAAGAGGAAGGAAGCAAAAACCUGAAGCACAUCCAGAUGAUCCUACUGAAAGCAUGCUUCGAGAUAAGACCCACCUAAUAAAACUUGAAGAGCUGCCAUUAUUUAGUUUUGAGAAUUUGGCAAAAGCAACUGACAACUUUCAUGGUGCUAAUAAGCUUGGGCAGGGUGGUUUUGGUCCAGUGUACAAGGUAAUGGUUGUUUAUCUGGGGCUUCAUGGGAUACUGAACCAUAUGCAACUGAUUUGA